UAAAAGGAAAAACAAAUGGAGCUAUAUAUCCAGAAUACCUAAUCUGUAAAAAUAAAAUUCCCAAACACAGAGAGAAAAAAUAAACAGAGAGAGACUCCACACUCUCUGUCCUCUCUCGAUCUAUAAAAUUUCAAUCUCUUCGAUCCCAAUUUCUGAAACCCUAACCCUAGAUCUCUCAAUUUCAAUUUCGAUUUUGCUGAUCCGAUGACGUGCAUAAAGGUGGUGAACAGAUCGGCGUCUGCGGCGUUCGCGCCGGAGGCACCGUAUCUGGCGGCGGGAACGAUGGCGGGAGCGGUGGAUCUAUCAUUCAGCUCCACAGCGAAUCUCGACAUUUUCGAGGUUGAUUUUGUAGCGGAUGAUAGGCAGCUGGUUCUCGCAGGUUCGAUUCCCAGUUCCGAGAGGUUCAAUCGAUUGUCGUGGGGGAAAUGUCAGUCGAAUUCCGAGGAGUUUUCGUAUGGAAUUAUUGCUGGUGGACUUGUUGAUGGCAAUAUUGGACUUUGGAAUCCCAAGCCGCUGAUCUCUAGAAGCGGGUCUGAGGCAAUUGAAAGUGCUCUUGUCGGCAAUCUGUCGAGGCACAAAGGGCCUGUUCGCGGAUUGGAGUUUAAUGUCUUUACUCCAAAUCUCCUUGCAUCUGGAGCUGAUGAAGGUGAAAUCUGUAUAUGGGAUAUUGCAAAACCUUCAGAACCUAGCCAUUUCCCUCCCCUUAAAGGUAGUGGAUCAUCAACUCAAGGUGAAAUUUCUUACGUCUCUUGGAAUAACAAGGUUCAGCAUAUAUUGGCGUCUACUUCACUUAACGGGACAACAGUUGUGUGGGAUUUGAAGAAGCAGAAGCCAGUGAUAAGUUUCACAGAUUCUGUUAGAAGGCGGUGCUCUGUAUUGCAAUGGCAUCCUGAUGUUGCCACACAGCUCAUCGUUGCUUCUGAUGAAGAUGGUUCACCUGCACUUAGGAUGUGGGAUAUGCGGAAUAUACUGUCUCCUGUGAAAGAGUUCGUGGGUCACACUAAAGGUGUCAUUGCAAUGUCCUGGUGUCCCAUUGAUAGCUCCUACUUGCUUACUUGUGCAAAAGAUAACCGCACUAUCUGCUGGGAUGUUGUGUCUGGAGAGAUUGUCUCCGAAUUACCAGCUGGAACCAAUUGGAGUUUUGAUGUGCACUGGUAUCCGAAGUGUCCAGGGGUUAUCUCAGCUUCAUCAUUUGAUGGAAAAAUUGGCAUUUAUAACAUAGAGGGCUGUGGUCGAGCUGGCGACGGAGAUGGUUAUUUUGGCACAGCUCCCUUACGAGCUCCGAAGUGGUGGUCUAAGAAAAAGUCCGGAGUCUCAUUUGGCUUUGGUGGAAAGCUUGUUUCUUUUGGUGCUGCUGAUGCUCCAACUGGACAGACAGAGGUCCAUGUGCAUAGCAUAGUCACUGAACAAGGUUUGGUGAGUCGGUCUUCUGAAUUUGAGACUGCUAUUCAGAAUGGCGAGAAAACCUCGCUGAGGAUUUUCUGUGAAAAGAAAUUUCAAGAGUCAGAAUCUUCCGGUGAAAGGGAAGUCUGGGGCUUCUUGAAGGUUAUGUUUGAAGAGGACGGGGAUGCAAGGACAAAACUGCUUUCUCAUCUUGGUUUUAGUCUGCCUGUUGAAGAAAAAGAUGCUACGCAGAAUGAUAUAUCAGAGCAAGUAAAUGCCCUUGCCCUCGAUGAGAAUCUUUCAAGUAACGAAGCUGCAAAGAAAGAGAACUUAAUGCACGUGAUGGACAAUGGGGAAGAUUUCUUUAACAAUCUUCCAAGUCCCAAAGCUGAUACACCAGUAUCAACGUCUGUGAAUUCCUUUGCUGUUGAUGAGUCAGUCAAUGUGAAGGAGUCCCAACCAGAAAUGGAUGUACAAGAGGAGAGUGCGGACACAUCUUUUGAUGAAACUGUUCAACGCGCUUUGGUUGUCGGUGACUAUAAGGGGGCUGUUGCACAAUGCAUAUCUGCAAAUAGAAUGGCUGAUGCUCUGGUAAUUGCUCAUGUCGGUGGUGCUUCUUUGUGGGAGCGAACUCGUGAUCAAUACCUUAAAACUAGUCAGUCUUCAUACCUUAAGGUUGUUGCUGCUAUGGUGAACAAUGAUCUAAUGAGCCUUGUAAAUACUCGCCCCUUGAAAUCCUGGAAGGAAACACUUGCACUCCUUUGCACUUUUGCUCCACAAGAUGAAUGGACUUCAUUGUGCGACACACUUGCUUCAAGACUCUUGGCUACUGGUGAAAGCCUUCCAGCAACACUAUGUUACAUAUGUGCCGGGAACAUUGAUAAAACCAUAGAAAUAUGGUCGAGGGCUUUGGGAGGAAAGGCUGAUGGAAAAUCAUACGUUGACCUUCUUCAGGAUUUAAUGGAAAAGACAAUAGUCUUUGCAUUGGCAACUGGGCAAAAGAGAUUUAGUGCUUCUCUUUGCAAGCUUCUUGAGAAGUAUGCUGAAAUCCUAGCAAGUCAGGGCCUAUUAACUACUGCAAUGGAAUACUUGAAGCUUAUGGGCUCCGAGGAAUUGUCACCUGAAUUGACAAUCUUACGAGAUCGUAUUGCUCUCUCCACUGAACCAGUUAAAGAAGCACCAAAAUCCAUGGCUUUUGACAACUCACAAAUGCACACUGGAUCUGGCUAUGUUGCAGAUCAAUCUGGUUAUGGAAUGGCUGAUCCUUCUCAGCAUUAUUAUCCAGAGCAAUCAUCCAAGCCGCAGCCUAGCAUUUCAAACAGUCCUUAUGCUGCGAAUUAUCAACAACCAUUUGGUUCUUCAUACAAUAGUGGCUUUGCUGCUCCUGCCCCGUACCACCCUGCUCCACAGCAAAACAUGCAGCAACCAUACCAGCCUGCUCCACAGCAAAACAUGCAGCAACCGUACCAGCCUGCUCCACAGCAAAACGUGCAGCAACCAAACAUAUUUCUGCCUACUCCAACACCUCCAGUUCCUCAGGGUAACAUUGCUCCACCACCUGUUGCUACUCAGCCUGCUAAGACCUCCUUCAUCCCAUCAAAUCCCCCUGCGCUGAGAAAUGUGGAGCAAUAUCAGCAGCCCACCUUGGGUGCUCAAUUGUAUCCUGCACCUGCUAACCCUGGUUAUGCUGCUGCUCAUAAUGUGCCUCCUCCGUAUGUCCCUCACCCUACGCAAGCUGGUCCAGCUCUUGGACCAAAGAUGCCUCAGGUUGUAGCUCCUUCCCAAGCUCCUAGAGGAUUCAUGCCAGUUAAUAAUACGGUGCAGAGAUCUGGAAUGGCUCCAAUGCAGCCUCCCAGCCCGACUCAGCCAUCUCAAACCCAGUCACCAGCAGCUCCUGCUGCUCCCCCACCUACCGUUCAGACAGUGGAUACCUCAAAUGUUCCUGCCCAGCAAAAGCCCGUGAUAGCAACUUUGACUAGAUUGUUCAAUGAAACAUCAGAGGCAUUGGGUGGAUCACGAGCUAAUCCGGCUAAGAAGCGGGAAAUUGAGGAUAAUUCAAAGAAGUUAGGAGCGCUUUUUGCAAAACUAAAUUGUGGGGAUAUAUCUAAGAACGCAGCAGAAAAACUGGUGCAACUUUGCCAGGCCUUGGACAAUGGUGAUUUCAGUACAGCCCUUCAGAUACAGGUACUCCUCACCACAAGUGAUUGGGAUGAGUGCAACUUCUGGCUUGCAACACUCAAGCGAAUGAUUAAGAUCAGACAGAGCUUCAGAUAAAUGUGGCAGCGUUGACGUAGGCCAAACUCGAAGAAUUGGAGAUUCUAGAUUCAAAUCCUUCUCACCCGUGAGUUCAAAAGGAAUUAUCAUUUCUCUUAUCUGGAGAUGGUCACCUUUAGACCGUCUUUCUAGUUGUAUACUUUCAUACCUCUUUUGACCCACUCUAGAUAUUGGUUUUUAGGUGCGUGCAAAUUUUGGGCAGAGGUUAGAGAGCUUAGUUCUCUGGACAUGAGCGACGGUGUUUGAUUAUUUUUUACAGUGUUAAAAUAUAGAGUUUUUUUUUUUUUUUAAUUAAUAUAUGUUUUGGUUGUAACCUCUCUGAAAUCUGGUCAUUUAAUCUUGGAUUUUGUAAACUCAUCCUUUUUGUUGUCACCAAUUCAAUGCUGUUAGAUUUUAUCGACUGCAA